AUGUCAAUAAUGGAUAGCUCUUCCGGAUACGAUUCGCAAGCGCAAUGGUUUCCUCCAGGCUCUGGGGAAGGAAAUACCUCUACCCCGUCUUCGUUGGGUCUGAACAUCUCGUCGUUGAGCGUGUCGCCGACGCAUGGGUACCACGCUCACCCGCAGCAUCAUCAUACUCACGGCCAUCAUCCUCACCACCAGCAACGUGUACAACAACAACAACAACAACAACAAUAUCCAAACAGACCAUUUCCGCUGCGGAUCACGACGUCCGCCUCGUCGUCCUCGAUGAACUCUUCGGGGUCUGGCAGCAAUUCAGCCCCUCCGUCGAGGAAACGAAGCUUCACGAGUAACCCAUCAUCAGCUAGCGCCGGUCCUAGUUCGGCUGUUUUGCCCUCUGCAUCGACACCAGGACCUAAUACUGGAGAUAGCGACCCUAAUGACCCACCGGAUAGCACUCCGACUUACAAUACCGUAGAUGGCGAUAUAGACAUGGACAACGACUUUUCUUCGAUGCCUCCCUCGUCAGCAGUCUCUACGACGACGUCUGCCACGUUUUUGGGCACCCCAAGCGGAGGUGCCAGCCCGAUUGAUGGAAACAACAGCGGGAGCGGAGGCGAUGAUGACGGUAAUAAUGGUCUCUUUGCAGGUGGUGGGAACGGUGGGAACGGUAGCAUGAGAGAAGCUCCAGGGAUUCUGGGAGGGGUUGGCGGUAUAAUGGGUAUGUUGGGGAAGCCCAUGCCCACUAAUAACUUUGUAACGAAGUUAUACCAAAUGAUCAAUGACCCGAAAAGCGCUCACUUCAUCACCUGGACGGAACUAGGUACCUCCUUCGUGGUCUCAAACGUCGGAGAGUUCAGUCGAAGUAUCCUGGGUAGCCACUUCAAGCAUAACAAUUUCUCAAGCUUCGUUAGACAAUUAAACAUGUACGGAUUUCAUAAGAUAAACAGGACACCGCGCGCUCAGCGCACCUCGACAGAUGCUCAAACAUGGGAGUUUUCUCAUCACAAGUUUCUUCGUGGUCGACCAGACCUAUUAGACGAAAUUAAGAGAAAGGCCUUAGAACCUGAUCCCGGAGUGAAGCAGAGAGUCGAAUUACCUGGAGAGGUUGCUGCUCAACUUAACUCCAUGCGGGAAGACAAUCGUCGAAUGUGGGAUCAGCUCGCCGCUGAAAGGCGAAAGGUUGAUCGCUUGGUUGGCGUAGUCAAUAGGCUGUGGGAUUUGGUUGGGAAGGGAUUUCAUGGGAGCAUACCCCCAUUCCCUAUAGCGGAUCUCCUCGACACGUCCCCUCUUUCGGGUCCUUCCUCCACCUCAACGGUCUCUUCGUCGGCUUCUUCUAGUACCACUGCGAAUGCCAGCUCCACCACCGUGAAUGGCGUUACCAGCAAUACCAAUACCUCCGAUCCCUCUGACAACCCCAAUAUAUAUAUCACUUCACCCACAGCGACCUCAGCACGCUUUGGCGCUGCUGGUGGUCCUCCAGGCGGCCACAAUCCUUUCGGAAUCAACAUGAGCCCUGGAUCGUCGCCCACAGCCAUGGAAUUCCCGCCGCACAUCCAUGGACAUGGACAUAUACCCAGUCAUCAACAAUUCCACCAACAUCAACAUCAACAUCAUCCUCACCAACACCAUCAGCCUCACCAUUUGAGCAGGCAACAUAGCUUCCCUCUUAACAGUUACGGCUCAAGGAGUGGAAGCCCUCACCCGAAUAACGAUCAGACUGAUGGUGUAGGAGGCGGCGGCGGCGGCGGAGGUGGAUCGAAUGUGAAUGACAUAUUUGAAGACGGCUCGCUGUCAUCUUCGUCUUCUGUCAUGUCUCCGACAGCAGGAACGGGCGAUGGAGAUGGUCCUGGGGACGGACCAGGUGGACAGACGAUUACGGGAAGAGGAUCGACCAAGAGGCAACGGAUGAGCACGAGCGUGGAUGACCUGCCCUCAUAUGCUCACUCGCCGCAUCAUGCCCAUAUGGGGGUGGCUGUUGGUGUGAAUGUCGGUGUUGGAGGUGUGGUUGGAAGUCCCUACCAGCAACAGAGCCCGUUACAGUCUCCGCAACAGAUUCCGAACAAUCAACCGUUCCUUAGCCCGCCUGAUAAGAAGUUCUCCACUCGUGCGCGAAGUGACUCUGCGCCGUUGGGCUAUGGUGGUAUGGGAAUGGGUGGCGGUGGUGGAGCCUUGUCUCCGUGGGGCGGCGCUGGUGGGAAUGGUGUUCAUGGCAGACCAAGGAGUGGAAGUGGUCUGUUACAUCUUGGUCAGAGAGGAAUGAUGGUCGGACUCUCGUCGAGGGGCGCGGGUGGUGCGGGUGGAGGGAUGGGAGGUAAUAACGGCGGGCAAGGAAUGGGAAUGGGCAUUGGUUCUGUACCCAACAACGCAGCACCUGGUGGACAGGCAAGCAGAUAA